AUGGAGAUGUUCCAGAGCUCUACUGUUGCACGCUUCUCCAUCGCCAUCGUCAUUUCCUCUCUCAUCACCAGCGCUACGUUUUCGCCUCUUGUCUUCCACUUAACUCGCAGCGUUCCGGUCGUACGAGCCCGUCCGCAGGCUGCUGUCGUUCUUCCUCCGAGUAUCUCGGGAAUAUAUCCUGACCCAGAGCCGUGUCGCGGCAACUGUUCUUGGGUCCAUGACCCGAGUAUCGUGUAUGAUGACAACAAAUACUGGCGCUUCACCACCAGUGGAAACAUUGCAAUCUCCACAUCGCGCUUCCUCCAGGGCCCGUGGAAAUAUCAAGGCGCUCUAUUACACAACGGAACGAGCAUACAUCUGCGCGAUGAUCAGGAUAUAUGGGCACCUUCGAUAGUCAAGCGCGACGAAACCUGGUACUGCCACUACUCCGUCUCCUUCAUUGGAUCGCAGCACUCUGAAAUCGGCGUCGCGACGUCCACCUCCCUCAGCCCCGGAUCCUGGACCGACCACGGCGCCAUCGGCCUGCCCCAAAACAGCCGCUACAACCUCAUCGACCCCUUCGUCUUCCAAGAAUCACGCGAUAGCCCGGCUUACUUUACGUUCGGCAGCUACUGGUCCGGCAUCCAGCAAAUCGAAAUGAACAACCAUGACGAACUACUCGCAUGGGGCGGCGACGAGCGUGAUAUCAGGACUAUCAUAUCCAACACCACCGCGAACUUUGCGGUGCAGGAGGGCGCAAUUGUGUAUAAGAACGAAGAGUUUUUCUACGUUUUCUUCAGCGUGGGACAGUGCUGUCGCAGAGACUUCGAACUCGCGCUGCCUGGCGACGAAUACCACAUCGUAGUUUGUCGCGCCGAACGCAUUAUUGGCCCGUACUUUGACCGCGAGGGAAGAAAUUGUUUGACGCAGAAUGGCGGGACGACGGUCCUUGCUAGUCAUGGGGAUAUGUAUGCGCCGGGCGGCCAGGGUGUUAUGCUGGACCCGAAGAGUGAGAGGACAGUUGUGUAUUAUCAUUAUGGUAAGUCCGGAGGUCUGGGAUGGUGGAGUGGGGGGAAGGGCUGA